CAACAUUCAGCCUCAUUCUCAAAACACAUCAUCUCCUCUCCUCUCUUCUCUCCUCUCCUCCUACCUUCUCUUCUCAUCAUCUAUUUUCAAGAACAUACUUCGAAGAUCAAAACAAACAAAGGGUUUGAAUUAUAUAAUCAGUCAGUUUAUAAGAUAAGAUGAAAUCAUUUUUGUUUGGUUGUUUCAAGUCACAACUACCAUUAAAGACACCAAAGAAGAAGAUAAGAGAUAGUACAAAGAAUAGUGGAGGUAGUGGGUUUCAGAGGUUAUCAUUAUCUGAAUUCAGCAGUACUCCUGGUUCACCUUUAUCAUUAUCAGCUAAUGAUAUCUCAAACUCACUUCUUGGAUCAAAUCUACAUAUCUUUACUUUACAAGAACUGCAAAAGAUUACCAACAAUUUCUCUUCGAGUAAUUUUCUUGGUGAAGGUGGGUUUGGUGCUGUUCAUAAAGGGUUUAUUGAUGACAAGAUGAAACCUGGUCUGAAAGCUCAACCUAUUGCUGUAAAACGCUUGGAUUUAGAAGGACUUCAAGGUCACAGAGAAUGGCUGGCAGAAGUGAUAUUGCUAGGCCAAUUGAGGAAUCCAAAUUUGGUGAAAUUGAUCGGAUACUGUUGCGAAGACGAGCACCGGGUACUAGUUUACGAGUACAUGCCAAGAGGAAGCUUAGAAAAUCAUCUAUUUCGCAAAUAUGGUGCUGCUUUACCAUGGGGUGCAAGAAUGAAAAUUGCACUAGGAGCUGCAAAGGGACUUGCUUUCCUUCAUGAUUCAGAGAAGCCGGUGAUUUACCGCGAUUUUAAGACAUCGAACAUCUUGUUAGACGCUGACUACACAACUAAAUUAUCCGAUUUUGGGUUGGCGAAAGAUGGACCAGAAGGAGAUGAGACCCAUGUUUCGACUCGUGUUAUGGGUACACAUGGUUAUGCUGCUCCAGAGUAUGUUAUGACCGGUCAUUUGACGGCAAUGAGCGACGUAUACAGCUUCGGUGUUGUGCUUCUGGAAAUACUAACAGGGCGAAGAGCAGUGGACAAGAGCCGUGGGCCAAGGGAACACAAUCUUGUUGAAUGGGCGCGGCCGCAACUGAAUAAUCCACGAAAGCUUGAUUACAUAAUUGACCCACGGCUCGAUGGACAAUACUCCAGCAAAGGAGCACAAAAGAUUGCAGCAUUAGCAUACCAAUGUCUGAGCCAUCAUCCAAAACCAAGACCUUCAAUGAGCAAUGUGGUUAAGAUAUUGGAAUCACUUCAAAACUUCAAUGACAUGCCGAUUGCACCAUUUGUGUAUAUUGUUCCGGUUGAAACAGUGAAGAAAGACUUAGAAAAGAAAGAACCAGAGCAGAAGAAAGAAAACAAAGAUGAAAACCGUCAGACUCAACGGCAAAACGGUCAGAGGCAUCGGAUACGGACACCACGGGCAAGAACCGGAACCGUGUAUACCGAAUCAAACGUUCGAACUCAUUUGAAAAGUAGAUUAAGCCCUGAUCAAAAGGGAAACCAAAACAAGGAGAACCAGAUCAAGGAUGAAAGCAUUUGAAACAAGAAAAAGAAAAAUUAGGUGUAGACUAAUUUGUACAUACAAAGAAAUAUUUCAUAUUUUUUUCUUUCAAAAGUAAAAAAAAAAAAAAGGAGGUUUGUGAGUGUGUAAAUGUAGGGCCUCUAGAUUUUCAGUUUACCCUAGGGCCAUUAUAGAGACUUAAGUGCCAUACCUCAUUGUGGAGGAUAUGUUGGUUAUAAUUUUUCUUUUUUUUCAUUUUUUGUUCUCUUUCCAAUGUUUGCAAAUCUCAUAAAAAUGUGAAUGAAAUUAUACAAGUUUGAACUUUACAGUACUUUAAA